GUUGGGAGUCUUGCCUGGUGCCUUGUGUUUGCACCAAGCUUUAGGGCCUGUGACUAGGCGCAGGUGAAAAGCUCCUGGAGCGGGGCCACGGUUCACGAGGUCCCCCGGCCAAGUCAGAGGCCCCCCUCUGGUUCCCACGGUGCUUGCUGCCAUUGUCCCUGUCACAUGUCCAUUGUCAGCUGCCACCUUGUCUCCAUGGCGGAGUCUCAGGGUCCCAGGAGUGUGGUCUCCGUGUUUGUCUCCAGGUGUUUUUAGCCCAACAAGAGCAUGAAUACAGAGGAAGCCCCAAGUGUGCUGAGUGUAAAUUGGUGUCUAGUUGGGCCCCCCAGCUCUAAUAAGCCUUGGGGGUAGUGCCCUGGGGCCCGUGGGCAUGGCCUGGCUGGUGACAGGCCUCCUGGCCCCUGGGAGAGGGCUUCUCUCCCAGCAGGCGUGACAGGCCCCGGGAGUGAACUGGACUCUGCCAGACUGCCUGGGGCAGGGCAGCCAAGACCUGGGUCCUACCUCUGUGGGCCCUCUGGUGACGGGUGUCCUCCAGAGAGAUGGAGGCUUUCCUUUUGGGGACUGGAGACAGUGUGGGAGCAGCCGCUCUGGGAGGGGUGCUGUGGUCCAGGCAGAUGAGGUGACGAGCAGGUGGCAGCACUUGCUCCGACAUAAAGUGUGAACAGACCGGGUUCCCUGGUGACUGGCGGCGGCACGCUUUCGGGUACAGCCAUGAUUUUUCACAUGGAGGAAGCUGUUCAGCAUCACAUGGAAAAGAUGAGAGUCAGCCCCUACCUUCCCAGCCCUCGACCACCCCAGGGAGAUGUUGGUGUCUGGGGACUCUGGCCUCCCCUCUCUCCAAGUUCAGCAGACGCCUUUGUCCUUGGCCCUGUCAAAACUCGGUCAGCACAGGCCUCUCUGUGCAGCCUGUGGCCUGUGACUACGGCAUGCUGCACGUGGUCUCUGAGAAGGGGGGCCCCAAAGGCAAAGACUACUGUGUCCUCUACAACCCGCAGUGGGCCCACCUGCCGCACGACCUCGGCAAAGCGUCUCUCCUGAAGCUGCGUGACUGGUCCGCCUCCAUGCUCUGCUCCCCGUCUGACCUCCCCUCCAAGGGCUUCAGCAACCAGCUGCCCCUGGUGGCGCGGGGGAACUGCACCUUCUACGAAAAAGUGAGGCUGGCCCAGGGCAGCGGGGCCCGGGGGCUGCUCAUCGUCAGCAAGGAGGCACUGGUUCCCCCAGGGGGCAACAAAACGCAGUAUGAUGAGAUCGGCAUUCCCGUGGCCCUGCUCAGUUACAAGGACAAGCUGGACAUUUUCAAGAGUUUCGGUGGAGCCGUGAAGGCGGCCCUGUACGCCCCCAGCGAGCCCAUGCUGGACUACAACAUGAUCAUCAUCUUUGUCAUGGCCGUGGGCACCGUCGCCCUCGGGGGCUACUGGGCUGGGAGUCGUGACGUGAAGAAAAGGUACAUGAAGCAUAAGCGGGAUGACGGGCCCGAGAAGCAGGAGGACGAGGCGGUGGACGUGACACCCGUCAUGAUCUGCGUCUUCGUGGUCAUGUGCUGCUGCAUGCUGGUGCUGCUCUACUACUUCUACGACCACCUCGUCUACGCCAUCAUUGGGAUCUUCUGCCUGGCCUCCUCCACUGGCCUGUACAGCUGCCUGUCGCCCGUCAUCCAGAGGCUGCCCUUCUGCACGUGCCGGGUCCCCAACAACGGCCUGCCCUACUUCCACAAGCGCCCGCAGGUCCGCAUGCUGCUCCUGGCGCUGUUCUGUGUGGCUGUCAGCGUGCUGUGGGGAGUCUUCCGGAACGAGGACCAGUGGGCCUGGAUCCUCCAGGAUGCGCUGGGCAUUGCCUUCUGUCUCUACACGUUGAAAACCAUCCGCCUGCCCACUUUCAAGGCCUGCACGCUGCUGCUGAUGGUGCUGUUCAUCUACGACGUCUUCUUUGUGUUCAUCACACCCUUUCUGACCAAGAGCGGAAACAGCAUCAUGGUGGAGGUGGCAACCGGGCCCUCCGACUCGGCCACUCACGAGAAGCUCCCCAUGGUCCUGAAGGUGCCCCGACUGAACUCCUCGCCGCUGGCCCUGUGUGACCGGCCCUUCUCCCUCCUGGGCUUUGGUGACAUCCUGGUCCCAGGGCUGCUGGUGGCCUACUGCCACAGGUUUGACAUCCAGGUGCAGUCUUCCAGGGUCUACUUCGUGGCCUGCACCAUCGCCUAUGGCAUCGGCCUCCUGGUGACCUUCAUGGCGCUGGCCCUCAUGCAGCGUGGUCAGCCCGCCCUCCUCUAUCUGGUGCCCUGCACGCUGAUCACCAGCUUUGCCCUGGCGCUCUGGCGCAGGGAGCUGGGCAUGUUCUGGACGGGCAGCGGCUUUGCGAAGGACCUACCUCAGUCUCCAUGGGCACCAACCCCAGCCGAGGGCUCCCAACUACCCAAAGACUCAGACGCGCCCCCCUCCCAGCAGCCUCCAGGUGAAGAGCUCGUCAGGUCCCCCGUGUCUGAAGAGCAGCCCCCAGAACUGUCUGCCCCUGCGGAAUCAGGGACUGAAGCACCCACCCGGGAGCCUGCGAGCCCUGGCAGCCGCACCCCUGAAGCCUCGGGCCAGCCAGACACAGCCUAGGAGGGCGGCGCAGACGGCCCCCUGGCGCUGUGCACCCGAGAGGGCGCAGGGUGGAGACCCAAGCCUGGACCUGCUCGGCCCCUCCCCCAACGUGGUGCUCUGCUCUGGCCGAUGCUCACCCAGGUCCUUGACCCUGCUCCUCUCCCCUUCCAGCCCGCCUCCUUUCCCUUCCUCUCCCCCUCUUCCCCUCUCCCGGCCCCACCCCCCCAGCCCAGUGGCCCCUCCCUUCCCGGCCCUGCUCCGAGCUGGUUGCUGUGGCCUCUCCGCUGGCCGAGGUCACUGUCCUGGCACGCCGGGCCCUGGGCUCUGCAGUCUGCCUUGUUGGGCCCUCGUGGUGCCUAGGAAAGGGCCAGAAGCCAAGGCCGCAGACACGCCCACAUGGUGCUUCAGCGCUGCUGCUUCCCUGCAGGGCCCCCAGAUGUCUUGUCCAGGGUGGGAGAGGCUCCGCUUUCCCAGGUGCCUCAGCCCGUGCACCCAACCAGCUGGGCAGAUGCUGCGACUGGGGCCCCGGCCUAGGACUUGGAGCAUCCCCUGGAAGACUCUGGGGUCGGAGGGGCCGCUGUUGGACUGCGUAGGAGGCGGGCGAUGAGCGGAUGAGCUGGGCCUGGACCUGGGCCUCGCCACCCCGGGGCACCAGCGCCUGUGCUCAAACUUCACAAUAAAUUUUGAGAUUCAGUUGUGUCACCCCCUGGACCAUGACCCUCUUGGGCUGCCCUUCCGGAAAUGGGUAGGCCUGAGGCUGGUGGAUGAGCCUCGGGGUCACGCGGCCCAGCAGUCCUUGACGGCGCCUCUGUUUUGCCCUUCAGCUUGGAGGGCCUCCGCCUUCCCCUCCGUCACCCGCACGCCGUAACCCAUCUCGCGCACGCAGCUCGCGCCUCUGCCACACUGGUGGGCGAGCACGCUCGUUAGUAAAACUCCGAGGAGCUUCUGGAACGUGGGAAGACAUUCUAGAACUGGCAUUUUGUCGUCUACCUCACCAACAGGGCUCUGCACCUGGUGACCGACGCCGUGGUAGAACUGGCCAAGGUCCAUUGGCCCCAUGUCCAGCACCUCCGCCCCGUGGGUUCCAUCCUGUUGCAUGUGGCUCUUUGAAGCCAGUGUCAUGGGAACCCGAGGCUGCUGGCCCCCGGGUGAUGCUCUGGACCUGCUCCCCCUCCAUGCAGCCCCGGGCCCCAGGAGGACACCCCGACCGAAAGCACAGACCCCAGGCCUGCCCCACGCUGCCUCCCGUCGCCCCUGCUCUCCGCUCCGCCCUAGACCUCAGGCACCAGGUCAAACCUGGUUCAUUCCAAGAAAUACCAGCGCCAGACAGACUUGCAGUAGCCUCUGGUAGCCUCACUUCUCGAGAGAGAUGCCGUUUAUUCCAGAAAAACAAAAGCCAUCUGCCACCUGUUCUCAUGUGCUGCUUAAAAGAACUGAGGGGCCUGGGAGGGUUGCAGCUGGACCUGCCAGCUCCACGUGGACUCGGAGGCGGGGGCCGGGGACAGGAUGGGUGAGGGACCACGUACCCCGUGCCCGCUAGACUGCGCCUUAAGCCAUUUUAUACAUUGGUGUAAACGGGGGAUCUCUUCUGUUUUGGAAACUUGACAUGCCAAGGAAUUCAGAGGUGGAUGUUAGUUCCUGAAGUUUCCGUUGGUUUGCCUUGCUUCUCUUGGGCUCUUUUAAUUAAACUGGGCU